UUCUCCCGUCACCAACCGAAGACGCUUGGCGACACGCAACAUUGCCACGGCAUCAUGCACCAGCGUAUCUCAGGUGUAUAGCGUUUGGGAUAAGUACAGGGUUCUUAUACUGUCAUCCCUUAUCCACCUAGUCCAAGUCGUAUCAGCUAUGAGGUUUGCAUCACUAAUUGCUGCAGCUGCCACGGUGUGCCUACUGCCGGAGAGCCAUGGAAGAGUGCUCACCGAGUCCGACACGAAGCUUGCACCUCGCGGCUUCCCAGCGAACGCCCCAUAUGGAUACGCGCCGCAAGUCAACAGCUGCCCCUCGAACACGCCGUCAGUCAGAGCCGCGACCAGUCUGUCGCCGAACGAGACUGCUUGGCUGCAACUGCGCCGGAACGCGACAAUUGCGCCGAUGAGGACUUUGCUGGCUCGAAUGAACAUUACGGGCUUGGACACGACGAGCUACCUCAACCGACAUGCAAACAACGCCAGCGCCUUGCCAAACAUCGGCAUUGCAGUGUCAGGUGGUGGCUACCGAGCCAUGCUGAAUGGUGCAGGAUACUUAGAGGCCUGGGACGAUCGCACACCGAAUGCUACCAGCGUUGGCCAGCUUGGAGGCCUCCUGCAGGCGACGACGUACCUCUCCGGACUGUCUGGUGGGAGCUGGCUUGUUGGAUCGCUGUACAGCAACAACUUCACGUCCGUCGAUAGAAUACUGGCGCAAGAUACCGACAGCUCAACCAGUGGUGAUUUGUGGCAGUUAGAUCAAACAAUCUUCGAAGGUCCGGAAUCUGGAGGCAUACAGCUUGUGAAUAGCGCAGGCUACUAUAUUGCCCUUGAAUCAGCAGUCAACAAUAAGCAAGAUGUAGGGUUCGACGUAUCGCUCACAGACUAUUGGGGCCGUGCUUUGUCGUAUCAGCUGGUGAAUGAUACUGACGGCGGUCCCUCAUACACAUGGUCAUCCGUAGCCCAGCAAGACUUCUUCACGAACGGUAGCGUGCCUUUGCCACUGAUUGUUGCGGAUGGCCGACAGCCCGGAGAGACAUUGGUGCCUACCAAUACCACGAUCUUCACCCUCGAUCCGUGGGAGAUCGGCACGUUCGAUCCGACAAUCUACGGCUUUGCACCCAUGCAAUAUGUUGGCACGAAUUUCUCGAACGGUCGGCCGACCUCCAACGACCGAUGUGUGACUGGCUUCGAUAACGUUGGGUUCGUGUACGGAACGAGCUCAAGUUUAUUCAAUGUUAUCUUGACGACGGUGAACGGCACGAACACCACGGGACUGUUCACGACCGCGCUGCAGGACGCCGUGGAAGCAAUCUUGUCGUCUCUCGCGUCUUCGGAUAAUGACAUAGCCGACUGGGUCAACCCUUUCUACAACUACCAUCCUGAUACCAAUCCUUACGCCUCAUCACAGCAGCUCACAUUGGUUGACGGCGGUGAGGACAAUCAGGUCAUCCCGUUUCAUCCACUCAUCCAGCCACAACGACACGUUGAUGUAGUCUUCGCAAUAGACUCAUCUGCCGACACAAACACAACCUGGCCAACCAAUGCAUCCUCGCCGGGUUGGCCGAAUGGCGCUUCGAUCGUCGCAACGUAUCAGAGAAGCCUAUCAGCCAUCCAAAACCACACUGCUUUCCCAUCCAUCCCAGACAUCAAUACCUUCGUCAAUCUGGGUCUAAACGACCGGCCCACGUUCUUCGGCUGCGAUGCGGGUAAUAUCACGGGGGAGGCACCUCUCAUCGUCUACCUCCCUAACGCACCAUACGUCUACAACAGCAACGUCUCGACCUACGAUCUCCAGUUUAACAAUACCGAGCGCAACGCCAUAGUGCUCAACGGUUACAAUGGCGCUACACUGGGGAAUGGAACGCUUGACAAGCAAUGGCCAGCAUGUGUGGGAUGUGCCAUCCUGAGCCGCAGUCUCAACAGAACGGGCACUGCCGUACCGGAAGUCUGCACGCAGUGUUUCCAGAGGUAUUGCUGGAAUGGCACGACGAACACACGCACGCCGGCAAACUUCGUCCCGAAGAUGAAGUUGACGGAGGUUAAGGUCACAACUAGCGGUGCACUAACGCUUAACUGGUCCAUCUCGGCCUCGUUGAUAAGCCUUCUGGCUGCGGUGAUAUUGAUGUUGUGAGCUUGCGACAAAUUGAGGUUUUGAGUCUUGCCAUAUUAGGAUAGAGCACAUUUGCAUGCGUAGGUAGAGGGGUCUACACAGCAGGCAUUCAUAUAACAUAGUGAUUGGCAGUGAGAGCUCAACGCUACCCAAAGGCUAUUGAAUGACUUUCUCACCUAACCAGUCCUGCAUCG